UAUAUCGUUCAUGGAGCAUGCCUCCUUCCUUGGAUGGCACUCCAUCUCCAUCCCUCCCCUACACCUCACGCCCUCUGUAAUCUCCUCCUCUCUCUCUCCGCCGCCGGCGACCUUCCCCGUGGCCAACAACUCCACGCCCACCUACUCAAAUCCGGCCACACCCCCUCCUCCUCCCCUUCUUCCCCUCUCUUCAUCCUCUCCACCCACCUCAUCACCCUCUACUCACGGUGCUCCCUCCCCCUCUUCUCCCUUCGAGCCUUCCUCGACCUCCCUUCCCCAACCUCUUCCUCCUGGUCCGCUCUCAUAUCUUCCCUUUCGCGCAACUCCCUCCCCUCCCUCGCCCUCCUCACCUUCCGCCGCAUGCUCGCCGCUGGCCUUCCCCCUUGUGACCGCACCCUCCCAUCCGCCGCCAAGUCCCUCGCCACUAUCUCCGAUCCAUCAGCCUCCGCUGCUCUCCACUCCCUCGCGUUAAAGUUUUCUCUUUCUCCCUACAACGUCUUUGCUGCUUCCUCUCUGCUUGACAUGUAUGCCAAAUGUGGACGCUUGGCGGACGCCCGCCAGCUUUUUGACGAAAUUCCUGAACGAAAUGUUGUUUCCUGGUCAGCACUUAUUUACGGCUACGCCCAGUUCGCCGGACUGGAACACGAAGCCCUUCACCUCUUCCGGGCCGCUCUUCAGCCCGGCGGCUGCGGCGUCAAUGAUUUCACGCUCUCAUGUAUCGUCCGUGUGUGCGCCGCAGCCACCCUCCUCGAGCUCGGCUCCCAGGUACACUCCCUUUGUUUCAAGACCGCCUACGAUGUCUCCCCUUUCGUUGGCAGCUCACUGGUUUCGCUUUACUCAAAAUGCGGCCUCGUGGACAAUGCCUACCAGGUGUUCCACGAAAUGCCGGAGAGAAACCUGGGCGCCUGGAACGCCGUGCUUAUGGCUUCCGCUCAGCACGGCCACAGCAGCCUCGCCUUCAACCGUUUCCAGGAGAUGCAGCGCCUUUGCCCUCAUUCACCCAACUUCAUCACCUUCCUGUGCCUCCUUACCGUCUGCAGCCACGCCGGCCUUGUCUCCGAAGGCCGCCACUACUUUGCCCUGAUGUCCAACUAUGGCAUCGAACCAAAUUCAGAACACUACGCCGCAAUGGUUGACAUUCUUGGUCGCGCCGGCAAGCUCAAGGAAGCCAUCGCAACCAUUGAAUCCAUGCCCGUGACUCCAACUGAAUCAGUUUGGGGUGCGCUGCUCACCGGCUGCCGCCUCCAUGGCGACAUGGAGACUGCGGCCUAUGCCGCAGACAAGGUGUUCGAUCUUGGUUGUGAGGGCUCUGGUGCGCAUAUGCUGUUGGUGAACGCCUAUGCAACCGCAGGCCGCUAUGCCGAGGCAGCAGAGGCUCGGAAAGCAAUGAGGGAUAGAGGGGUGAGGAAGGAGACUGGGCUGAGCUGGUUGGAGCUCGAUCAAGGAAAAGUUCAUACCUUUGUUUCCGGCGAUCGUUCGCAUUCGAGGAUGGAGGAGAUAUAUGGCGUAUUGGAGGAGGUGGGGAAGAAGAUGGAAGCAAUGGGGUAUGUGGCAGACACGAGCUGGGUUGGAAGGGAUGUUGAUGGCGAGGAGAAGAGGAGGAGCGUUGGUUAUCACAGUGAGAGGCUGGCGAUUGGGCUUGGGUUGCUUGCAGUGGCUCCGCCGCGGCCGAUAAGGGUGAUGAAGAAUUUGAGGGUGUGUGGUGAUUGUCAUAAUGCUAUAAAGUAUUUGACAAAAUGCACGGGGAGGACUGUUAUUUUGAGGGAUAAUCGUAGGUUUCAUCGGUUUGAGGAUGGGAUUUGUUCUUGUGGGGACUAUUGGUGAUCUAUCUUUCUUGAAGGCUGGUGUUGGAAUUCGUUAAGUUCAUUGGAUCACAGUCAGUGAUUACUUGGAGGAUCCUAUAGAGAAAGCAAGGAGAAAAUGGUGAGUAAGAGGCUUUCAUUACCAAAGGAUUAAUCAGGCUAAGGGCGUGUUUGGUAUCAGAUUUGCCUGUUGUUUUUAGUAUGAUUUAGCGUAAAUCCAGCCAAACGCAAUCCGCGCCGCUGUAAAUCCGGCAAAACCGUAAAUCCAUGAUUUACUGCAUAAAUCCAGUAAAUCCGUCUAAAUCCUAAUCUCAUUCCUAUUCAAAUUUAACGAGUUGCGGAACUUCUUCCUGCAGCGCUCGUGUAAUCUGUUGCCAAACAACUUCUCUGGAUUUACAGGAUUUAAAAGUUGUCAUACCAAACACUUUUCAGGAUUUAUGAGCCUAUAAUAUAUGAAACCCGGAUUUACAGGAUUUAAUAAAUCCUAUUAAAAUUGAAUCCAAUCCUAUACCAAACACCCCCUAAGCGUCCGUUCAAUCAUCUCAUUUACUCAGCUUAAAGAUGGAAAUUGGGCUAAAAAGCUAACCAUCUGCCCCUGGGACAAUGGCUUCUAUUCAUAGGCUCUGUUAAAGGCAUCACUGACUCUUCCUUUGUUAGGAUACUGCUAGAAAGAGACAGCCAUGACUUUCAGAAUUGACUGAGUCCAUUGUAGACAGGUCCUGCUUGCUGUUGUAAGUGGAUGAAACAUGACAAAUUUUUUAUUUUUUUUGGCAAGUAGAUGGGCAAUUUUGUGUAGGCUGGGAAGCAUUUCAAAGCAUGAAAGUUAAAUGCACAGUGAAGCAAAUUUUCAAGACA